AAAUGGCAGCAGCUUUAGCUUCCAGACUCUCCAGAGGACGUUCACUGCUUGGAGGUCUUAGCAAUGCUUUCUCUGGUUUGAUGAAUUCCUCCAAUGGAAACCUCCUCUCUCAGUCCCAGCAACAAAGGACAUUCAUCCAAAUGGGGACGAUUCUCAAAGCCGUGGAUAACUCGGGAGCAAAGGAAGUGAUGUGCAUUCAGUCCCUAAGGGGAAAGAAAGGAGCAAGGCUUGGCGAUAUCAUCAUCGGCUCGGUGAAAGAUGCGACACCAAAAGGUAAAGUGAAGAAAGGGAAGGUCGUGUACGGUGUGGUUGUGCGCGCUGCGAUGCAGAGAGGGCGUGUUGAUGGAAGCCAAGUCAGGUUUGAUGACAACGCGGUCGUUGUUGUGGGCAUUAAGGACAAGAACAACAAGAACCCGGAUGGUACCAAGAAAAAAAUCGAGUACCACCAACCUAUCGGUACCCGAGUGUUUGGUCCUGUCCCGCACGAGAUGCGUCUCAGGAAACAGCUCAAGGUCCUUACUUUGGCUCAUCACAUUGUU